CUUCAACAAAUCAAUCCAUUUGCGUAUUCAUAUUACACUCUCAUAAUUAAUUCUUACAUAUCCUUCAAACACAAGCUUCUCUUGUUUCCAAAGCCAAAAAUGUCAACCACCAUUGAUGUCCCUGAAUCAAGCAAUGUUGCUAAAGGCAAAGCAGUUUUAGUUGCACCUCCAAGGCCAGGAGGAUGGAAGAAAGGGGUUGCAAUUAUGGACUUUAUUCUAAGGUUAGGUGCCAUAGCAGCUGCUCUUGGUGCUGCUGCCACUAUGGGAACAAGUGAUCAAACACUCCCUUUCUUCACUCAGUUCUUUCAGUUUGAGGCUAGUUAUGAUAGCUUCACUUCUUUCCAGUUUUUCGUUAUUACAAUGGCUUUAGUGGGUGGCUACCUUGUGCUAUCCCUACCUUUCUCUUUCGUAGCCAUCAUUCGCCCCCAUGCAGCUGGACCAAGGCUUUUCUUGAUUAUCUUAGACACUGUGUUUCUCACUCUAACAACUGCUAGUGGUGCUUCAGCUGCUGCCAUAGUUUACUUGGCACACAAUGGGAACCAAGACUCAAACUGGCUUGCCAUAUGCAACCAAUUUGGAGAUUUCUGUGCACAGACCAGUUCGGCAGUGGUGUCAUCCUUCGUUGCUGUGGUUGUCUUGGUGUUGUUGGUUGUGCUGUCUGCUUUGGCUCUUGGGAAGCGUUGAGAAUUAACAUGCUUAUAUAUUUCUUGGGUCUUUGACUUAAUUAUCUGUAUAUUGUUCCUCAGGUUUUGAGGUUUCCAUCAAGUUAAUGAAUUGUGUCCUAGUAUUGAUUUGGGAAGAUGUUUCAAUGAAAUAUUUAAACAAUUUAAUGGGCUUUGGAUAUAGCCGUUUGUGACAGAUUUUAA